CGGAGAGGGAGAGAGAGAGAGAGGGAGGGUCUGAGCUUAGCGUGCGGUCUCAGGUACACACCCCGCAAUGGCUUCAGGAUUAGGGGGGCUGUGAGACUUGAAAAUAAAAAUAAAAAAAUUAUAUUUCUCUUUUCGAGAACGCCUCACGUGAAUAUACGUGUGCGUUGUGAGCUCGCACAGCGCGUGGCGGGGCGCGGCCUCCUCCUGGAGCAGGAUCUCGGCAGUGUUGUGACACCCCAUCAGCACUGGGGGAAGAAAGAUGGCGGACCCGGCGGAGUGCACCAUCAAAGUGAUGUGCCGCUUUAGGCCACUAAACCGUGCCGAGGUGGAAAGAGGGGACAAAUAUAUUCCCAAGUUUCAAGCAGAGGACAACGUGGUGGUUGGGGGAAAGCCGUACAUGUUCGAUCGGGUUUUCCAGUCCAACACUAGCCAGGAGCAGGUGUACAAUGCAUGUGCUCAGAAGAUUGUCAAAGAUGUGCUCGAAGGUUAUAAUGGUACAAUAUUUGCUUAUGGACAGACAUCGUCUGGAAAAACACAUACUAUGGAGGGUAACCUGCAUGACCCGGAUGAAAUGGGAAUCAUUCCACGUAUUGUACAGGACAUAUUUAACUACAUUUACUCCAUGGAUGAAAACCUGGAAUUCCAUAUCAAGGUCUCCUAUUUCGAAAUCUACCUGGAUAAAAUCAGAGACUUGCUGGAUGUGUCCAAGACUAAUCUGUCUGUGCACGAGGACAAGAACAGAGUCCCAUAUGUCAAGGGUUGCACUGAGCGCUUUGUUUGCAGCCCAGAGGAGGUGAUGGACACCAUUGAUGAGGGCAAAUCCAACAGACAUGUUGCUGUGACAAACAUGAAUGAGCACAGCUCUAGGAGUCACAGUAUCUUCCUGAUUAAUGUAAAGCAGGAGAACACACAGACAGAGCAAAAGCUGAGUGGAAAGCUGUAUUUGGUUGAUCUGGCUGGCAGUGAGAAGGUCAGUAAAACUGGAGCAGAAGGAGCUGUGCUGGACGAAGCCAAAAACAUUAACAAGUCCCUCUCGUCACUGGGAAAUGUCAUUUCUGCACUGGCUGAAGGAUCGACAUAUGUUCCGUAUAGAGACAGUAAGAUGACUAGGAUUCUUCAGGACUCUCUUGGCGGCAACUGCAGGACUACCAUCGUCAUCUGUUGCUCCCCCUCCUCUUUUAAUGAGGCUGAGACCAAAUCUACACUGAUGUUUGGUCAGCGGGCAAAGACCAUUAAGAACACAGUGACUGUCAAUGUGGAGUUGACAGCAGAACAGUGGAAGAAAAAAUAUGAGAAGGAGAAGGAGAAGAACAAGACUCUCCGUAACACUAUCACCUGGCUGGAAAAUGAACUCAACCGCUGGAGGAAUGGUGAGACCGUGCCGGCUGAUGAGCAGUACGAUAAAGAGAAGGCCAACGCUGAGGUAUUGGCUCUGGAUAACACUAUAAAUAAUGACAAGAUAGCUUCCACUCCCAACAUCCCUGGAGUGCGCCUGACAGACACUGAGAGAGAAAAGUGUGAGGCUGAGCUGGCCAAACUCUAUAAGCAGCUUGAUGAUAAGGAUGAUGAGAUAAAUCAGCAGUCGCAGCUGGCUGAGAAGCUUAAGCAGCAGAUGCUGGACCAGGAGGAGCUUCUGGCUUCAUCACGGAGAGACCACGAUAACCUGCAGGCAGAGCUGAUGCGUCUGCAAUUGGAGAACGAAGCGUCUAAGGAGGAGGUGAAGGAGGUGCUGCAGGCAUUGGAGGAGCUUGCCGUGAAUUAUGACCAGAAGAGCCAGGAGGUGGAGGAUAAGACCAAGGAGUUUGAGACCCUCAGUGAGGAACUCAACCAGAAAUCGAGUGUUUUAGCCUCUUUAGACUCCGAGCUGCAGAAGCUAAAAGAGAUGACCAACCACCAGAAGAAGAGGGUGACUGAGAUGAUGUCAUCACUGCUUAAGGACCUGACAGAGAUUGGCAUUGCUGUGGGGAGCAAUGACAUAAAGCAGCAUGAAGGCAGUGGGCUGAUUGAUGAGGAGUUUACUGUGGCCAGGCUUUACAUCAGUAAGAUGAAGUCAGAGGUCAAGACCCUGGUGAAGCGUAGCAAGCAACUGGAGACGGCUCAGACCGACAGCAACAAGAAGAUGGAUGAGAAUGAGAAGGAACUGGCUGCUUGCCAACUCCGCAUCUCUCAGCAUGAGGCUAAAAUUAAAUCUCUAACGGAGUACCUUCAGAAUGUGGAACAGAAAAAGAGGCAACUGGAAGAAAAUGUUGACUCGCUCAAUGAGGAACUUGUUAAAAUCAGUGCACAGGAGAAAGUUCAUGCUAUGGAAAAAGAAAAUGAAAUUCAGACAGCCAAUGAGGUCAAGGCUGCGGUGGACCAGCAGAUCCAGAACCACAGGGAGGCUCAUCAGAAGCAGCUCAGCAGCCUGAGAGAUGAACUCGAGACUAAGGAGAAACUCAUUACUGAACUGCAGGACAUGAACCAGAAGAUCAUGUUGGAACAGGAACGUCUCCGUGUAGAACAUGAGAAGCUUAAAUCCAUGGACCAGGAAAAGAGCCGCAAGCUGCAUGAGCUAACGGUUAUGCAGGACAGAAGGGAGCAGGCCAGACAAGACCUCAAGGGCCUGGAGGAGACAGUGGUGAGUUACUUUUUUAGUUUUUUAUAUUGGAGUGGGAGUUUCAGACUAUAUAUGAGGGGUGCGUGUGUGUUUGUGUGCUCAGUCUCUUUUUUUUAUCAUUCUCUCCAGGCAAAAGAGCUGCAAACUCUCCAUAACCUGAGGAAAUUAUUUGUGCAGGACUUGGCAACUCGGGUCAAGAAGAGUGCUGAGAUGGACUCAGAUGACACUGGCGGCAGUGCAGCACAGAAACAGAAAAUCUCCUUCCUGGAGAACAAUCUAGAACAGCUUACUAAAGUCCAUAAGCAGCUGGUGCGUGAUAAUGCAGAUUUACGCUGUGAGCUGCCCAAGCUGGAAAAACGUCUGCGUGCGACUGCUGAGCGUGUGAAAGCUCUGGAGUCUGCGCUGAAGGAAGCCAAAGAGAAUGCAGCACGAGACCGCAAACGCUAUCAGCAGGAGGUGGACCGCAUUAAAGAGGCCGUCAGAGCCAAGAACAUGGCUCGCAGGGGACACUCGGCACAGAUCGCCAAACCCAUCAGACCAGGCCAGCCACCUGUGGCUUCUCCCACCCACCCGAACAUAAACCGCCCUGGGGCAGGGCUCUUUAACAACCAGCCGAUGGCCAUCCGCGGAGGAGGUGGCAGCAAACCGUAAAAAAGAUGCUAAAUCUGCAAGUCUAGAUGAAGUCGGAAGAACUGAGCUGGCCUUCCAACACUGGACAGUUCAACAGGCCUAACACUUUAAACUAUAUAUAUUUGAAUAUAAGUAUAUAUAUAUGAAAUAUUCCUACAUUGGCUGUACAGUUGUCCUCUCUGGUCAUAUGUUUAGAGUUUCCAUUUCCCUGUUUAAACACACCAAAAAAAAAAGAAGAAAGAAAUAGGACAAAAAUGAGUGCAAUCACCGCUCUGUAAGUAGCUUGUAGCUUCACUCUUAAUAAAUGCAUUAGAUUUUUAGCCCUCACUGUGCCAAGCGGAAUGUAUCAUCAAAAAUGACAAAGAUUAAAAAAAAGGCAGGAAUGAAUGGAAAAUUUACUUCCAAAAAAAAGGGUAAAAAAAAAAAAACCCAGCUACUGCAUCCUCCUAGCUUAUUCAUGUAUGCAUCAUGCUACUUGUUUUUAAUUGUUUUGAAAAGAGCGUCUUUGUUCUUUCUUGCUUCCACUGAGCAGUUUCCAAUAAACUAAUUCACUUUGAAUGGAUAAUUUAAACACUACAGUCAGUCUAUGUGAACACACCCUGUUUUCGUGCACUGGGAUAAGUUAUUGGGGCCUUAGUGUGGUAAUAUGAAAAGGAAUAAGAAAGUGGAACAAAAAUGAAGGUUUUAAGAGAACACAAAGCUGCUGAUUGUAGACACUCCACAUAUUACUUUAAAGCACUGUACAAAAUAGACAUAGUAGUAAACGUGCAUCAUUACUGAUGAUAGUAAUAUCAGCAUUACAAAAUGUGUGUAAAAGUUCAGUCUCUGUAAAUGGAAGGUCACCUGUAAUGUUAUAGAUAUUGCUGUUUUUAUAAUUCACAAAUUUAACAAAUCAGUCACUACUCAUCAGUUGAUCAUAUUGAUUGGGAGUACUGCCUUAUAGCCUUCCAUUAGUUCAGCCUGUGAUCUAUCAUGUGGAUAUUUGAAUAAAUGCAGUAGCAUUUUAACUAUAAUAGAUGUAGACAUUUUACCUCUAAUGGGCUUUAAAUUGAACUCCCCAGUUAGAAGUGGUGUUGGGAUAUUUUAAUCUUUCCUUUUAGUAAGUCGUUAUGUUCAUCACACCGAUACUAAGCAAUAUAGAGAAUGUUGGCUUUGUAGUCUUACUUAGCUUAAAAACAGCUGUCUCUGUAUCUUGGUACUGAUUUCAGCACCUGCAAAAAUCUGUUCUAAAUAACUACCACUCUGUUUUUUUUUUUUCAUUUCUAAACAAGACUAUGCCUUGUUUGAAAUACGAUUCAACCCAUGACCAUUUUGCAAAUGCUUCACCCGUUAACCGGUCAAUAUUCUUUAGAGAUUAUAACAGUUACUGAGCAUCAGUGGUCAUUGGCUUUGAUUCUGUACUCUGCCCCUGCAGAUUGUAUGGACUAAAUGCUUUCAAAAGUCUGGCUGUAAGCUUUGAUCAUGCUUUAGCUCCUGAAUAUUUAUUGUGAUUAAAUGUAGCCAUUGUGUUUGGCUUGCACAUUUAAUAAAAAUCAAGAUCAGAUACAUGUUUCAUACCUACCACCGUUUUAAGAGUUUUGUUGCCUUUGUGAUUGCAGUUGAAAGUCUAGGUUUGAUCAUUAUCUUUUUGAUAACCUUUCUCUUGUCCAGUUCUAAGACUCAGCAUGACGUUGCAGCGUUUAAUGGCCUAGCUGACUUUACAAUAGGGUCUAUUUAAUAGUUAUUUACCAUAUUUUCAUUGUAUUUGCAGGUGGAUGUUUUAUUUAUUGAUUGUUUUAAUAUAGACAUGGGAUUCUUCUUUUUGUUUCAUUCUUUUUUCUUUUUUUUUACGUGUUUUUUUUUCUUUUGGCUUCCAUUGUCAGGUUUCCUUUCUGAUGACUUUUUCACCUACAUCCUAGUUCUCCUUUGUAAAUUUUAGUUGCUUUAGCAAGCACGGUGAUGGCUGAAUAACUGAUAGAAAUGAAUUUAUUUGUGCAAUAUGGAUCAGGCAUGAAUAAUUUUACAGAAUAUUGAUAAAAGUGAUACAUUAAGCGCAUAACUUAAACAUUACUGGCCUGGUUUUAUUCCAUUUCCCUCUGUACUUUUUGAAAGCACUUUAAAUGUUCCAUCUCAGUUGAACGCCUCACUUAUUGUAAACAGAGUUAAAUUGUCUCAUGUUAAAUUGAUUAGAUGAUUAGGUUUUUUUUUUCCUUUGCUGAGUUUUGUAAUUGUUAUUUUUGAACAGUUUUGCUUACUUGAGACCGUUGUCUUGAAUCUGCAUUGUAGCUUAAAUGAUAACAGUACCUGUGAUGAUGAUGGAGAGGGAUCUUGGUGUCUACACUCAGCUCUCGGAGUUGUGCAGAGUCAUAAACUGGACUGAACUGUAUAUUUCUUUUGAAUGCUUACUGUAGGGCAGGUUUUCACCCCUUGACAUGAAAUAAAAUAAAAAUUAAUGGCAUACA